UGCAUCAUGUCUGCCGAGAGAGCUGCUAAAUUGAAAUUGAAGAGAAAGAAGGAUAGCACAGCAGCCGUAGAAGGAUUGAAUGCUGGCAGCAGGCUGCAAUUUGUACAAAGUCCAUUACAGAGAAGGAACGCCACCGGUUCCUGGUUUGAUGAAAUCGAAUUAACUGCUGCUGAACAAAUGUGGAGGCAGGUUCUCCGGUCUGCGAAUCCAAACUUGACAAAUCUGGGAUGGGAAUCGGUGCCUAGUCUGCCAGAAUUUGGCAAUAAGAACACCGAAACCACAAGUGAGGAAUCCAAUGGAUGUGACGUGUUUAACAUUGGAGAAGACCAAUUUAAAUGGGUUCCCUUCCCCAAAGAAUUACCUGGCUCUCCAUCAUACCAGAAUAGUAGCAACAUGCAAGACUGUCAUGCAGCCAAUAAUCAGACUGAGUCGUUACAAGAUGACCUUGGGAUAACCUCUGCAAAAGACCUUGAAUCCGAAUGCUCGGUUUACCAGUUGAAAAGUAAACUUAGUGUUGUGAAACAAUACAUACAUCCCCCAAAAGAAAUCUCAUCACAAAACUUAAGACCGCAAAUUUCAGGAAACCAGGCACUUUCAAAAAUGGAUUCUACUAAAAUGUUUGAAUAUGACCGGAUUCAGAAUAAGUCUCUGGAUCUAAAUUUAAAAGUAGACACACAAGUUCAAAAAACAGAAAAUACUGACAUCGUAAUGAAGGACUUGGAGGAAGAAGAUAAUUGGAGAGAUUCUGAAGUACAGGAAACUGAUCAAAAUGCACCCAGAGCAGCUGAAAAUGUGGAUUUAUUAGAGAACUGUCCCAUGUGCCUGAAACAGUUCUCUAAGGGGUUGUCUCAGCUAGAUAUUGACAGCCAUCUUGCACAAUGCUUGUCUGAAGCAACAGUUGAUGUUAUUUGGUAAUCACUUGGACAAAAUAUUUUGCACUACAUUGUGAAAAAUGUAUGUAUUAUAUGGUAUACCAAGCAGUUCUUCAUUUGCAUUAUAGGAUCAGGGCAUACAUUAAAUUAAACACAUGCUU